AUGGCCCCUCCUCCUCAUCUCUCCCCUCCGACCAUCCAAAUCGGUCUCGCAUCCGCUCUGAUCCACCUCAUCCUCGGCACCACGACAGCCUUCACCCCGGCAAAGUCGCACCUACGACAGCCAGCAUUUGCUGCGAUCCUGGCCCUCGCCCUCUCCAUCCAAGUCACUGCGCAGAAUGAUAGUCUUGCCACCAGAAGCAGCAUCCCCACCCCGCUCCGCGGGAUGCUUGCAGCGGACGCCUGGAUCCAGGUAUUCAACAGCUUCGAUAUGCUAUUCCGCUCGCGCAUUAGCUACGAGGAGCAUAUACGAUGGAAGGAGAGGAAGAUACGGGAACGAGCCAUUCAACUGCGUUCGACAGAGGUUGAUGAUAGUGGUGGUGGCGGUGAUAAUGCGCUCUGGUUCGCGCUGACGAUGCCGAAUAACUUCCGGCGCAUUAACACGAAAUGGCAGAUCCGACCAUUGUACAGCUUUAGUGGGAAUGCCGCUGAGAAGGGCUCAGACGAGGUUCCCUCGCGAGCGGCGUUCAUCGCGGGGAGAAUGAGGAGCGUCUUGGUCACUUUUGGUCUGGCGACCUGCCUUUCCCGUCUGUGUUCAUAUCUAGGCUGCAUCCCCGGGCAGAGCGCGCUGCGAGCGACGCUGGAAAACCACGGCCGUCUCCUUUCCUUCUUUUCUUCUUCUUCUUCAUAUGCAACCUGGAAUUCGCUCGUCGCUCAGGUCCAUCCCACGGUAUUUGCCAUCGUCGACCUCUUCCUCGUCCACAGGACCGUCUACGCCCUCUCGUCCAUUGCAGCGGUCUCUCUGCAUCUCUCCUCGCCGUCGGACUGGCCGCCCGUCCAGGCAUCCCCGCGUGAGGCAUACUCGCUCCGCAGGUUCUGGGGACAUUUCUGGCACCAGUCCUUCCGCGCCUUCCUCUGCGGCACCGCCGACGCCCUCAUCGCAGCAUUCAUCACCUCGGUCACACCGUCCAGCGAAAGGCAACAACCUAGAAAGCGGAAGCAAAAGGGAAACACACUUCUCGCUCUAUAUGCCCGCUAUCUCAUCGUCUUCCUCGUUUCGGGCCUCAUCCACCUCUUCCUCGAUCUCGCAGUCGGAAUCUCCUUCCGUGCCUCUGGCGCUCUUCCCUUCCUCCUCGUGCAGGUAGUUGGCUUUGGGGUUGAAGACGCAGUCGCGUAUUCGGCGAGGCGAUUUCAGAUGAGCACCAAUCGGCAAAUCCCAGUGUGGGCAACGCGAGCUGCGGGGUAUACCUGGGUCGCGGCGUUUUGCGUCUGGAGCUGGAGGCCGUGGGUGUUUCCGUUGUUACUGAAGGCGCUGGAGGGUGGGGAUCCGCUUACGUCGACUUGGUUUGGAUACUGGGUGUAA